AUGUCUCGUUCUCCACGCACUCCUAUGCGUUCGCCUGCUUUUCCAGACAUUCCAAUUUAUCUGGAUACCGGCGAUGAACGAAUCACAGCAAAGACAUAUGGUACAACACCGACUACGCCAACUACACCAGACAUCAUCCCUCCUCAACGCCCGACACAUCUGAGUCCGUCACAUAUCAACGCACCACCCAUCAGCCCGGCCGAGCCGAGCCCUACCACAACUAUUGAGACUUCCAGUUGCCGGUCAGUCAUCUGGCCCAUUCCGGAACCACCACCAGAGAUCCAGCACCAGUCUGACUCCCGGCGACCGACUCUUCGCUUCUUCCCGACUGAACGGCCUCGAGUCCGUCUUGACACCGUUCAUUCCUUGCAGGUUCCUUCCAUCAACGAGAAGACCCCGAUCAGCUACUACCACCACCCCGGGCUGGGCAUCCUCAACGGGCCGCCUAAGCCUCCCUCCAUCGAGAUCUCGCCGCCGUUCAACGAGAAGUCCGAUCCGGAGGCCAACAUCGCACAACGCAUUGAAGAGACAUUGUGGAGAUACAGCGCUUCAGGCAAUGUAUUGAAGCGGUGGCUGUUGGAGUUAAUCAGUUGGCUUUUCAGCGCAAUUUGCAUGGCUGCAGUCAUAGGCGUACUGAUUGGCCUUCAAGACAAACCACUAUCUGACUGGUCACUAGCGGAGAAGACUGGUCUGACUUUGAACACCUACAUAUCGAUACUGUCUAAGAUGGCAGGUGCUGCUCUAAUUCUACCGGUGUCGGAGGCCCUUGGGCAGCUGAAGUGGAGCUGGUUUCUGGAACACUCUAAGCAAAUGUGGGAUUUCGAGAUCUUUGACAAUGCUUCCAGGGGACCAUGGGGAUCACUCCUGUUACUGAUCAGAACCAAAGGAAGGGCUUUAGCAGCGUUAGGAGCCAUGAUCAUGUUGUGUUCCUUGGCACUGGAUCCUUUCUUCCAACAGGUCGUCGACUUUCCAGACCGAUGGGCGUUGCAGAACGCCUCUAGCCUGAUCCCGCGAGCUGUGACUUACGAUCCGCCUAACGCGCAUUUGUCGAUGUUUGGAUAUGAGAUUGGUGUCACCGAUGAUGUCAUCGCACCUCCGAUCAAAACCUACUUUUACGGCAACGGUACUGUGCCCCUCCCUUUUGGCAAUGGCACGAAACCCGAUAUCCCUCUUUCAUGUCCAACAAGCAACUGCACAUGGCCAGAAUACGAAACUCUGGCUGUAUGUAGCAGCUGCGAGGAAGUAUCACAUCUCCUCGAUAUUGAUUACGCUUGUUUGGAGAAUGCCACAAUUGAUUGGAGUGCCGGGUGGUACGGACCGUUAAGCGACCAGCCGUAUUCGAAUGGUACCGUGUGCGGAUACUUCCUGAACUCGACCAGCGAAGCCCCGCUCCUUCUAUCCGGAUGGGUUGCCAAUUCCACGGAGCCUUCAGCGCCGACAGGGGAAACGCUUCUCGUUCGAACGAUUCCUUUAUACGACAUAGAUACGAAAGAACCCCUGUACGGCAAUGGGUCUAUCAACUUCAAGCACAUCGGCAACCCUAUCCUCGAUGCCUUGAUUGCAUCAGCUGUCGAUGGUGUUGACAGUGUCCUUAGCAAGGCAGCGCCAGUCGUGCACGAAUGUGUACUUUCUUGGUGUGUACAAACGAUGAAGUCUUCUUACGAAUGGGGCAAGUAUACCGAACACGUCACAUCCACCCACCUGAACGUCGUAUCUGAGCCCACGCCGUGGCCUUGGGCUGUGGACGAAAAUGACUUCCUCUACACCCAGAAUGUAACGAUGGUACCUCCAGCCUCAAGUACAGGUCGUACCGCUGAUACGGUGUUCAACGACACGUACACCGUGGAUAACGCUACGAUAUUCAAAGCCAUGGUCAUAUUCGAUGACUUCUUUCCGUCUAUGUACACUGCCAACAAUGUGUCGGAAGAGGUUCUAAGGUUUAGGAAUUACCCGAAUGGCCCGACGACGCGCGAACUUGAAUUCAACCCGUGGGAAGCGCCCAACAACCUCACACGUCACAUGGAACGGCUGGCAACGACGAUGACGAACGUCAUUCGAUCCGCCGCUAGUAAAGAGAUGACACCAGGCGAAGCUUACAACAAGGAAAAUUUCGUCUCCGUUCGCUGGGAAUGGCUUACUCUUCCAAUCGGUCUUUUGUGUAUCUCAUUAGUCUUUCUUUCCGCCACCGUUGCGAAGUCUGCUGUUGAACGAGAUCGUGUUGGGGUGUGGAAGACAUCAGCGUAUGCUACGCUUCUUUAUGGAUUGCCGGACGAGAUGCAGCAAAAGAUUACCAGGUCUGGUAGUACUGGCACUCCAAGAGCAAAAGCAAAAGAGUUGAAGGUCAAAUUACAAGGAACUCAAGGGUGGAGAGUGUCGGGUAAUCUCUUUUCACCCUUCGUAUCUAAGCCACGGCCCAAUCAGCCUCCUCCAGGCUGGAUUUGA